CGCGUUAUGCAGUCUCUAUUGCUGGGGUUGUAUGGCAGUGACAGUGUGCGUUGAGGCUGACGGCCUGGAGCGUGGCUGAACCGAUCGGUGUAUACGGACGAAUGUGAUGGUCGCUGUAGAAUCCCCGUGCAGAAGCAGUUGCCGUAGUGAUCACUUCAGAUUCAAAAUGGGCACCCCAGCCUCUGUAGCUGACUCACAACCUACAUCAUGGCAAGUACAAGAGCCGCCAGCAAGAAAAAAGGCUUCCGCUAAUAUUUUCAAAGACAUUGACCUCCUCCAGCUACAAACUCUUUUCCGUGCCAGCGGUGAUGAGUGUGCAGAGGAGCGAGCUCGAAUUAUUUGCGAGUAUUCAGAGGAUCGACGAAUAGCCGAAGCAUUGAUCCAACUCCGAAAGAAGAAAAGAAAGAAAGCAUCCUCUAAACAUAAGGACCGCAUUGGAACACUCUCUGUGCAGCAUUUUAGUAAACUUUGCAUACAUGAAACCAAUCACAGGGGCAGUACGUCUACAGAGAGUGGCUCAGAACAGCAGAGUACUGAUGGCGAAGACCAGCAUUUCAGUGGAACAAAGAAAAGGACCGCAACAUGGAGAACGACCAAACUUUCACAAAAGAAACUGAGACAGAAGCGAAUAUCUGCUUACUUGCACCAGAUAAAACGGUGAUCUAGUAAUGGUGGGUUUCUGUCCUGCACCUUCCUGCACUACCAAGAUGCUCAGUGUUAACGGGCUAUUGAAAUAAAGUUUUAUUUUGCCUUUAUAACAGGCUGACAUCUUUAGAUGCUAUAUUAUGCUCUUACUCAGAAGGAGAACUCUUCGUCCUUAUGGGAAUCGUAAAAGCAAUACGAUCAACACUUAAACACUCUAUUAGCCUUCACUUCUAAUAUGAGAGGAUUUUUGGCAACAAGAUGAUGUUAAAUUCAUGGUGAAGUGUAAGAAUCGGCUAUCAAGAUAUAUAUAUUCUAUCUUUGUCAUACCAAGUUCUCAAAUCCAUUAGAGACUUCCACAUCUGGAGCAGUUAUGAGUAUUUAGUGCGGAUAAAUAUAACACUUACUUUUGUUAAAUUAUAAUGUCUGAAGUUAAUUCAUUGUGUAUUUGUUAAUAUUAGAUUUGUGCUAAAUAAUUGUUCACUUGGGCUGUUAGAUUCCAGUUUCUAAACUUACAGUAACAUUAAUUUUAAAAGUGAGAUAUGUUAACAAAAAUGUUGAAUCACCUGAAAGAGAUUCUUUAUAUCUGUAAAAGAUGGCUAAAAAAUAUCACACGACCAUCUCUGUAAAAAAGGAAAAUAUAUUACCUAAAAUCAGGAUGCUUGCAAGUGAGCCUGCAUGCACACACUUUUUUUCCUUUUAGGAAGUUGAAUUAUGGUGUGGUACAAUAUCUUCCUUUUUUUUACCUAGAGCAGUUCAUUUUAUGCUUGUAAACAAAAAAUUAUGACCCUUUAACAUCUGGUAGUGACACCAAAAAGCUUCCUAAAAGUUGAUGGAGAUUGCUACAAGUUGAAUUUACAGCUGGAAUUAGUUCUGCAAUUUGCACUCAAUUUUUUUUUGUCUCUUAAAUUUCUUUUUUUAUAUAAAUGUAUUUCAGAAAAAGUGCUGAAAUAGUAGGUAGCUAUAUUAAGCUAGGAGAGAGGAAACUAGCUGGAAAACUACAAAUAAAUAUGAAAAAGUGGGCUCUAAAUAUUGGAACUACUCGGUAGUACCAAUUUUCUACUUGGAAGAUUGGUACUACUGACAAUUUUUUUUAUUUUUUAUUCUAUAAAUCAAAUUAAUUUUCUUAAGGUAAAAUUAGAAAAUGGAAAGUUACACUAGAACCCUUUUUGUUUGCAUAGUGAAUAUGCCAUAAUAAAAACAUUCCUGAGAUAUGUGAAAGGGUUUGGAAACCCUACUCAUAUUUGCACUUUGAAUUCUAAUGUGUGUUUAAGCUUUUAUCAUAAUGACUUUAAAACGGCUGCAUUGAUUUAAAAUAAUCAGAGCCACUAAGUAAAGCUUUCUACAGCCAUAUUUGUUGAUAUCGCCUACAUUUAAAGGCCUAUAAAGCAGUGCUCCUUUUUAGUUAAAAAAAAAAAAAAAAAAAAAAGUCAAAGUAAACAUAAAAAGAAAUAAACUGUAUUUUAAUAAAUAGUAAACCACUUACUUGUUUUCUUGGAAAACUUAGCACUUAUAAAUUCUUGUUGGGGCAUAAAACCCAAUUUUCUUUCUUUCAUUCAGGUAGAGUGUGAGCUUUUAAACAACUUUCCAAUUUUGUUUUCUUCUCUUGAUAUCUUUUGUUGAAAAGUAUACCCAGGUAGACUGAGGAGCUCCUGAUUGGUGGAAAAUAUAUGCCUCAUGUCAUUGUCUCACCAAUUGCAUUUAGCUAGCUCCCAGUAGUGUAUUGCUGCUUCUUCCAUCAAGAAUACCAAGAGAACAAAGCAAAUACAUAAUAGAAGUAAACUGGAAAGUUGUUUAAAAUGGUAUUCUCUAUCUGAAUCAUGCAAGAAAAUGUUGGGUUUCAUGUCCCUUUAAGUUCUAUUGUCAUGUGAUUUUUGCAGCAAAAGAUCAUGGGCAAUAAACUGAAGUGUUGCUAGGAGACACCAUAAAAUAGCAGUAGUCAAAGAAGCUGGUCCUUUGCCUUCUUGUUGAGACCGCCGCCUCCUUGUGGGGCAGUGACAGGAAGUAAUAGACCCUUUCACAACACAAAGUGUAAAAAAGGGGGAAAAAAUGUUUCUAAAGUGAUGAAUAAUGCAUAUUGCUUUAAUUUUUAUUAAGUAUAACACUGCUUUUUUUUUUUUUUUUUUUUUUUUUUUUUUAUUUAUUACAACAAUAAGAGACUGUUUUACAUCCCUUAAAGGGACACUGAACCCAAAAAAAAAAUGAUUUUGUGAUUCAGAUAGAGCAUGCAAUUUUAAGCAACUUUCUAAUUUACUGCUAUUAUCAAAUUUUCUUCAUUCUCUUGGUAUGUUUAUUUGAAAAGCAAGAAUUUAAGUUUAGAUGUCGGCCCAUUUUGGUGAACAUCCUGGGUUAUCCUUGCUGAUUGGACAGUACCAAUAAACAAAUGCUGUACAUGGUUCUGAACCACACAUUUGCUGGCUCCUUAGCUUAGAUGCCUUUUUCAAAUAAAGAUGUCAAGAGAUUGAAGAAAAAUUGAUAAUAUAAGUAAAUUAGAAAGUUGCUUAAAACUGCAUGCUCUAUCUGAAUCAUGAAAGGAAAAAUAUGGGUUCAGUGUCCCUUUAAAGUGCAAGUAAAGCCCCAAGAUUACUUAGCUUUUAUUGUGUACAGAGCAUAUGCACAUAUGUCUUGUGCACUUGCAUUGCCCUUGCUCAGAGAGCAUAUAUUGUGUUGGCAAUAACAAUUUGCACCAUAGCUGAUGAAUAUAUGCUAAGCCAAUUAUCUGAAUAAGUGUUUAUGACGAUUCUUAGGCUAUAUGUGCUCCAUGCACAGUAAAAGCGAUCACUUUAAAGGACCAGUCAACGUUGUAGAUUUGCAUAAUUAACUUCAUGAUAAGAAGACAAUGCAAUAGCACUUAGUCUGAACUUCAGAUGAGUGGUAGAUUGUUGUUAAAGGGACAGUCAACACCAGAAUUUUUGUUGUUUAAAAAGAUAGAUAAUCCCUUUAUAACCCAUUUCCCAGUUUUGCAUAAUUAACACAGUUAUAUUAAUACACUUUUUACUGCUGUGACUAUCUUGUAUCUAAGCAUCUUCUGACCGCCCCUAAUCACAUGACUUUUAGUUAUUAUCUAUUGACUUGCAGUUUAGCCAAUUAGUGCAGUGUCUGCCACAACCCACGGGCGUGAUCACAAUGCUAUCUAUAUGGUUUACCUGAACUACUCUCCCCUGCUGUGAAAAGCAAAUACAGAAGCAUGUGAUUAGAGGCGGCCUUCAAGGGCUUAGAAAUUAUCAUAUGAGCCUUCCUAGGUUUGCUCUCAACUAGAAUACAAAGAGAACAAAGCAAAAUUGUUGAUAAAAGUAAAUUUUAAAGUUGUUUAAAAUUACAUGCCCUAUUUGAAAAAUAAAAGUUUUUUUUGGCCUUGACUGUCCCUUUAAAUAAAUUGCAAAGUUAUGUCUAUUUCCACUCCCUCUGUACCAUGUGACAGCCAUCAGCCAAUCACAAAUGCAUUCAUGUGACAGCCAUCAGCCAAUCGCAAAUGCAUAUAUGUAUAUGCUGUGAAUUCUUGCACAUGCUCAGUAGGAGUUGGUGACUCAAAAAUUGUAAUGCACAUUUUGUUAAUGGAAGUAAAUUGGAAAGUUGUUUAAAACUGCUGCUGCUCUAUCUGAAUCAUGAAGUUUAAUUUUGACUUGAGUGUCCCUUUAACAUAGCUUUUACUUGAAGCAUUUUUGUUCAUACAGGUAUAUUGCAACAUACUUCUAUACAAGGAUGAAAUAAAGUCAUGUGCAUUUCUGUUUGGGGUUUUAUGUCCCCUUUACAGCUAAAUAAAAAGUAAAUUUAUUCAAUAAAAAAAAAACUUUCCAUGCAACCCCCCCCCCCCCCCCCUUUGGACAUUAACCUGUUGCUCAACCCAGUGUGUCCGUGGUGGAAUGAAAAGUUCUGUUAUCUAAAAAUCUAAGCACAAUCAUAUUCAAUUGCUUUUACUUAAAGAGACAGGAAACACCAUUUUCUUUCAUAGUAACAAUUUUCCAAUUUACUUCUAUGAUCAGAUUUGCUUCAUUCUCUUGUUAUCCUUUUCUGAAGGAAUUGCAUUGCCCUACUUCAGCUAGAUGAACACAUCUAGUUGGCCAAUCACAAGAGACAAAUGUGUGCAGGCACCAAUGAGCAACUAGCUCCCACUGUAGGAUAUGUGCGUAUCCUUUUUCAUCAAGGCAUACCAAAAUUUCAUGCUCUAUCAGAAUCAUGCAAGGUUAAUUUGGACUUUCCUAUGCCUUUUUUAAAACUGAAAAAGACCACAUUAAGUGGUAUUUUUUUGCGGAUAAAAUGUAACUGUACCUUGGUAGUCCUGCCUGUCCCCUUAUAUUUAAAAAAAUCCUUUGCCUGCAGUGCCAAACCUAAAUCUCAGUGUGAUUAGUUAAAUAUUCUCUCCUGCAAUAAUUAAGUAGACAUUAUUAAAAGCAUUGUUUGCUAAAUCUGUGCAUAUCUCAUUUUCUUUCACUUGUGUUUUUCCUGCGUGAGUUACAGAGGUAUGAAAAUAUCUGUCAGAUUUGGUUGACUGAUGUAUAAUAAAUGUAUUUAAAUAUU